ACCGUAGUGAAUACACUGUAAUUCUGACCCGUGUUCCACUAUUAGUUCCAUUAGUCUAUGACAGCCCGCAGCCGUAGAGCCGCUUCACCACUAUCGCGCCGCAGAUACACUCUCUUUUCAAAUCUUACCAGCAACAUUCAAUAUCUAUUUGCCUGCGCAGUGCAAUGGAUUUUAACCGGGGUUUCUACCUAUCUAAUAUCAUAGAGCAGCAGAGCCUGCAGUGACCGGUCAGGCAGCGGUACACCAAGGUACCAAUCAAUACGACUGGAGACUUCAGAGAAAGGAUAUAUAUAUAUAUAGCUGCCUAUAGCUGCUACGAGGAAAAACGUCGCGGAGAAGGAGGCUGGAAUUAUGAAGGUUUGCCACCAUGUCUAAGGCCACAGCGAACAAGCUGCACUGGCGUUCCAAGGUGCAGGAGAGUUUUGUUCCCCUGGGAGACGGGUCUGGAGAGCUGGGUGUUGCCAUCGGGGGCGGCGCUGACUACGGAGAAUUCCCUUUCGUCACCGCAGCACCGGGAGGUUGGGCCACGGUGGAUGAUGUCAUACUGGAGAUCGGGGGCACGCCAGUCCUGGGCAUGACGCUAGGAGACGUGAGAGGGGUCCUCAACUCAUGCCCCCAUCCCAUACGGAUUAAAACGGUCUCUCCAGGCUCUACUCUGUGUAAGGACCUCAGGCUGUACCUGAGCAAGUGCUUCACUCCAGGAUCCAUGGACAGCCAACUGCAGCAGGUGAUCAGGGAGAAUCUGUACCUCAGAGCUGUCCCCUGUACGACCAGGCCGCCUCGCCACGAGGAGAUAUCAGGAGUGGACUACAAUUUUGUCUCCAUAGAAGAGUUCUUUUCCCUGGAUGAGUCUGGAGCCCUAUUGGAGAGUGGCAAGUUCAAAGGUAACUACUACGGGACGCCCCGCCCAGUCCACAUUGGCCCAGACAGCCCACCAAUCACGUACCAGGAACACCGGAACGUGCUCCGGAACUUCAGGACGCGCAGCAAGUCGCUUAGCAACCUGGAGAAGGCUGUGGAGGAGGGAGAGAACAGUGAGGAGGACUCUGGUCUGUCAGCGGGGUCAGUAGGUGCCAGCAGUGCCCCACCCACAUCCAAAUCUCUUAGCCAAUCGUGGGAAGGCAGGGAUGGCGUUGGAGAGGAGAACGGAGGGAGCGGCAUCGCCACUCGAGGCGGAGUGACACUGCCAGAGAACUGGGAGCUGGCCUUCAGUAACUCAGGAGAGGCUUACUACAUAGAUCACAUCUCUAAGACAACCAGCUGGCUGGACCCCAGAGAUCAGAGCAGGGAGAUCCUCAGCGAGACAGACAUACCUGCUUUCACGGACCAGCCAGCAGAGCUGAAGGGCUACUCCAUCCACACCCGUCUGUCUAAAGGGCUGCAGGGUUUCGGCUUCAACAUAGUGGGAGGAAGCAGGCACAGAGAGUUUCUCCAGGUCUACAGCGUUACACCAGGAGGACCACCUGCCCUCAACACAGCUGAUAUCCUGGUCUACAUCAAUGACAGCUGUGUCCUGGGUCUGUCUCAUAAAGAGGUGGUAGAGAUGUUGAAGUCUGUCCCCAUGGGUCACAGUGUGGACGUUGUGUUACGGAGAGGCUAUCCCAUGCUCUACAACCCAGACGGCUGUCCCAAACAACCCCUGACCUCCUCUCCUCGGGAAGCCCUCAGCGCUGCAGCCACUCCUCCCUCCACAGCCACUGCCCUGUUCCUUUCCUGUCCCAGCCCUGCUGAGCCCCCCCACACCCACCCCCCCGGCCUGGCUAACCUCAACCGGACCCUGUCUCAUCACAACGGCAACUAUCUCAGAGUGGUGGGAAACUCGGGGUCGGGGCUGGACGCUAACGGAAACGCGGCAGCACUGGUCUCCGCACCACCCUCCUACCCGCUGUCUAACGGUGUCCCGGGCUCUUCUGCCAGCUCAGCCUGUGCCCCCUCCUCCUCUCACAGUAGGGGCAUCCCCCCUCCUCCCCCUCCUGAAUCAACCUCCGCGUCCACCAGCCAGAGUGACUCAGAGGCCUUGGGUGGAUGGACACAAAGAUGGUCUCUGAUGCGCUACAAUGGUAACUCCCUCCCCACCUCCUCCUCCAUGGUCCACCAUCGGAGUGACCUCUCCACCUCCACCCUGCCCAUCUCCCUGUCCAAGACGGAGGUGGGCACCGCCACCACUCCUGGUGCCCCCUGCCAGCGGCCUCCCGUGCCCCAGACGUCCCUCAUGGCCGGCCCGCCUACGGAGGUCCCCCCUUGUGGCUUCAACGGCUGCCCCGCCAGCGCCCACCCCCGGGUGAGCCACAGCCCGACCAGCGAGGGUGUACCUGUAGGGUCUGGAGGAGGGGAGCUGCUCCCUGUGCCCCUAGGGAGGAGUGAGGGGGGUGGGAUGGGGUUCAGUGUGACGGCGGGGGGGAAGGGGGGGCAGCUGGCCCUGGUGAAGAGGGUCUGGGACAGAAGGCAGUGCUCCUCCCUGCAGACAGGGGAUGCUAUAGUGAAGAUCGAUGGAGCUGACGUGCAGAGUCUCAGCUUCGCUCAGAUGCAGAGGGUCCUUCAGGAGCACAUCAAGCAGGGAGAAGUAAUGCUGUUGGUUUACAGAGGAGGGUCCUUCCUCUCUCCUGUCUCCCCUAACCUCUACAAACCCUUCCCCUCUCCGCUUGGCCCCUCUUCCCUCUCUCACGGCCUCCCAUCCCCAUCCGACUUGCCUUCCACCUCCACCUCAGAUGCCUUGGUGCCCCUGCACCUCCCCCCAAGCCACAGUGGCCUCGCCCCAGCCUCACCCUCCACUGAACUCCCCUCCUUGGUCCAGAGUACCUCCUUCCUGGACUCAGUCCCGGUAACCAUCACCCUGGAGCCCAGGGACUGGCUAGGGAUGGAGGAGGGUGGUGACCCUGGGCCUCCAGCCAUGCCCCCUGGAGGUGGGGGAAGAGGGAGGUUGGGGCUGGGGGCCAUGGCCAAGGGCCCGGUGGACGGUAGAAGGGGAAGGGCCCGGGUGCCAGUCAUGGGUCAGGAAGUGGAGCUACGGAGACGGCCAGGGGAGGGGUUUGGCUUUGUCAUCGCCUCACAGGACCUCGCCAAUGGGGCCUCGCCCAUGCUGUCCCAUAGGUUUGUGACUGUGCGUCGGGGCAGCCCUGCGGCCCGUUCAGGUCAGGUCCAGCCCGGUGACCAGCUCGAGGCAGUGGAGGGGCGGUCCGUUGUCACGCUGCCUCACAGAGACCUGGCACAGAUACUGAGACGGGCCGGAAACACACUCAGACUCACCAUCAUACCAAGACUUAACCCCAACUCCUCUAAUCUGUCAGAAGGCCCAGAGUUAGAGGCUGACGGCAGGACAAGGAAAAGCCACAGACGAAGGCCCAAGGUGAGGCUUCAGCAGGACCAGCGUUACUAUAGUGUAGACCUAGAGAGAGGUCCUACAGGUUUUGGCUUCAGUCUGCGGGGAGGCAGUGAGUACAACAUGGGCCUGUAUGUCCUGGGACUGAUGGAGGGAGGACCUGCCUCGCGCAGCCACAAGAUACAGGUGAGUGACCAGCUGGUGGAGAUAAAUGGUGACAGUACAACAGGAAUGACCCACAGCCAGGCCGUAGAGCAGAUAAGAAGAGGGGGACAUCGUAUACACCUGGUACUGAAGAAAGGAAACGGAUACGUCCCGGACUAUGACCAUGAUCCCAGAUCAGUCUCCUUCUCUCUCUACCCAGAGGAUGCGGGUGUGGCUGCAGUAGAUAAGACGCACUCCCUGCCAAGGAAGAGUGAAAGGAUGGAUAGAGGAGGAGGGGAGAGGCAGAGUAAAGGAGGUAGUCUGGGGGGAAUGAGGAGCAGAGGAGGAGGUACCCCUGACACAGACCUGGAUUGGCCGGAGGAGGAGGGUCAGGUGGUCAGUCAUAGAGGUGAGAGUUUAGGGGAUAAGGACAACGGGAAACGCACCCAGAGUUUACCCAAGAACAGACAGGAAGUAGAGGAGGAGGAGGUGAGGCCCAGCGAGUCCAAACAGAGGUCAAAACAGCAGAGGAGCAGGGAAAUGCAGAGUAAGGGGAAGAAGAACAGGAGAGAGAGGGGAGAUGAGACAGAGGAGCUUCCCAUCAGAAACACAGGUGAAGGUAAGAGGGAAGAGAGGAGGAGGGAGAGAGAGAGAGAGAGGGAGACGGAGGUGGAGGAUUCUAGACCUGCAGAGAGAGUUCCCUUCUCCUUCCUCAAGCCGCUGCAGGAUGGAGAGGCUGAGCUGUCUGAUGCAGAGUCAGGGUCAACAUGCACCUCCGGAGACAGCUUCUCUGACCAGGUCAGCCUGUCUGCAUCUAGCAUCUUCGGUUCCACCGCCCAAGACCCCAGAGACCAGAGAGGAGACCCCUGGAGCACCCAGUCAUGGCUCCGGGCCAACCAUGCAUCCCACACCCCAGGCCCCUGGAGCAGCACACAGCCACAGAGGGCCACCUACAACAGUCCCUGUAUUAAACCUGACCUGCAGAUGUCUCAGGUUUUGGUGGGACACAGACUGACAGGAAACAAACGGAGAGGUCUUGACCUGUAGAUGAUAGAUUAUCCUGUUUAGAGGUUUCCUGGAUUAUUUACUCGUAAUUCCAGAAUUUGUCCAACCAGGAUUUCUAGAAAACCUGGGAAUUUACCUCUUGUCUGGGACACCUCCCUGACCACUGCACCACCCAAUGACCUGUUAUCCCACCACUUGACCGGGACACAUUAUCAUACCCAUGAUUCUACCUACCUAACACCAUUGCCUAUAGAGGUCCACUAUCAUAUUGGAGCUAUAUCAUAAUGAGUGGUAUUAUCUUCAACAUAAUCAUUGUCAUCACAACUUUUUUUAUAAUGGAUAUGCAAGUAACAACAACAUCAAACAUCUCCUCAUAUCAACCCUCUCUACAAACCAGACAGCAGCUACAUCAAACAUCUCAUAUCCACCCUCUCUACAAACCAGACAGCAGCUACAUCAAACAUAUCCUCAUUUCAACCCUCUCUACAAACCAGACAGCAGCUACAUCAAACAUAUCCUCAUAUCAACCCUCUCUAGAAACCAGACAGCAGCUACAUCAAAUAUCUCCUCAUAUCUACCCUCUCUACAAACCAGACAGCAGCUACAUCAAACAUCUCAUAUCAACCCUCUCUACAAAUCAAACAGCAGCUACAUCAAACAUCUCAUAUCCACCCUCUCUACAAACCAGACAGCAGCUACAUCAAACAUCUCAUAUCCACCCUCUCUACAAACCAGACAGCAGCUACAUCAAACAUCUCAUAUCCAACCUCUCUGCAAAUCAAAAAGCAACUACAUCAAACAUCUCAUAUCCACCCUCUCUACAAACCAGACAGCAGCUACAUCAAACAUCUCCUCAUAUCAACCCUCUCUACAAACCAGAAUGGAUUGUUAACACCACCUAGAGGCUAUAGUGAUGUAUUAUAAUAUGAGGAGCGCACCACUAUGUUAACAUUAUAAUAUUCCACUUUCUUUAUAUCAUAUCAUGUUUGCAUUAUAUUUUACUGUAGAUGAUUUAUUAAAUUUUUUUGGUUGUAAAAAUAUUUGACUGAGAUUUAGAUAAAUGAUUUGCCUCCUGCUUGCUUAUCGUGGAUUGUAAAUUCACCUCUUUCACAUGAAGUCUUAGGAUGUGGUGUUACAGAUGUCUGGGGGACAGUAAUUUUGUCGUCAUAUAUAUAGUUGAGAAAAGCUGGUAACUUUCCCCAAAAUCUUGUUACAUUCCCCAAAUCUCCUGUUUUUUCCAGUAAACCCUAUUGGAAGAUUUCUGGAAUCAGGAUAAGCAGAACUCCUGAAACCCUCCAAUCAGGAAAACCUGGACAUUUUGGGAACGUUACUGUUAUACAGUUGAAGUCGGACGUUUACAUACACUUGGGUUGGAGUCAUUUAAAACUCGUUUUUCAACCACUCCACAACUGUCUUGUUAACAAACUAUAGUUUUGGGAAGUCGGUUCGGACGUCUACUUGGUGCAUGACACAAGUCAUCUUUCCAACAAUAGUUUACAGACAGAUUGUUCACUGUAUCACAAUUCCAGUGGGUCAGAAGUUUAUAUACACUAAGUUGACUGUGCCUUUAAACAGCUUGGAAAAUUCCAGAAAAUUACGUCAUGGCUUUAGAAGCUUCUGAUAGGCUAAUUGACAUAAUUUGAGUCAAUUGGAGGUGUACCUGUGGAUGUAUUUCAAGGCCUACCUUCAAACUCAGUUCCUCUUUGCUUGACAUGAUGGGAAAAUCAAAAGAAAUCAGCCAAGACCUCAGAAAACAAGUAGUAGACCUCCACAGGUCUGGUUCCUGGAUCAUCCUUGGGAGCAAUUUCCAAAUGCCUGAAGGUACCACGUUCAUCUGUACAAACAAUAGUACGCAAGUAUAAACACCAUGGGACCACACAGCCGUCAUGCCGCUCAGGAAGGAGACGCGUCCUGUCUCCUAGAGAUGAACGUACUUUGGUGUGAAAAGUGCAAAUCAAUCCCAGAACAACAGCAAAGGACCUUGUGAAGAUGCUGGAGGAAACAGGUACAAAAGUAUCUAUAUCCACAGUAAAACGAGUCCUAUAUCGACAUAACCUGAAAGGCCUCUCAUCAAGGAAGAAGCCACUGCUCCAAAACCGUCAUAAAAAAGCCAGACUACGGUUUGCAACUGAACAUGGCGACAAAGAUUGUAAUUUUUGGAGAAAUGUCCUCUGGUCUGAUGAAACAAAAAUAGAACUGUUUGGCCAUAAUGACCAUUGUUAUGUUUGGAGGAAAAAGGGGGAGGCUUGCAAGCUGAAGAACACCAUCCCAUCCGUGAAGCACGGGGGUGGCAGCAUCAUGUUGUGGGUGUGAUUUGCUGCAGGAGGGACUGGUGCACUUCACAAAAUAGAUGGCAUCAUCAGGCAGGAAAAUUAUGUGGAUAUAUUGAAGCAACAUCUCAAGACAUCAGUCAGGAAGUUAAAGCUUGGUCGCAAAUGGGUCUUCCAAAUGGACAAUGACCCCAAGCAUACUUCCAAAGUUGUGGCACAAUGGCUUAAGGACAACAAAGUCAAGGUAUUGGAAUAGCCAUCACAAAACCCUGAACACAAUCCCAUAGAACUGAAAAAGCGUGUUCUAGCAAGGAGGCCUACAAACCUGACUCAGUUCCACCAGCUCUGUCAGGAGGAAUGGGCCAAAAUUCAGCCAAUUUAAUGUGGGAAGCUUGUGGAAGGCUACCUGAAAUGUUUGACCCAAGUGAAACAAUUUAAAGGCAAUGCUACCAAAUACUAAUUGAGUGUAUGUAAACUUCUGAUCCACUGGGAAUGUAAUGAAAGAAAUUAAAGCUGAAAUAAAUAAUUCUCUCUUCUAUUAUUCUAACAUUUCACAUUCUUAAAAUAAAGUGGUGAUCCUAACUGACCUAAGACAGGGAAUUUUUACUAGGAUUAAAUAUCAGGAAUUGUGAAAAACUGAGUUUAAAUGUAUUUGGCUAAGGUCUAUGUAAACUUCCGACUUCAACACUAUAAAGGUUAUAUACUGUAUAACUGCACAGUUGUAGAGACUAGUGAUUUAUGAGUCUCUACAGAUCUCUACUGGUGCCUUUCAUUUUCUAGCCAAGCCGCUUUUAACCAAAUCGAGUAUUGACAGUGAAGCUUUUACAAUGGGUACAUCUAAAAUCACACCCUAAUCCCUAUAUAGUGCACUAUUUUUGACCAGAGAUGGUUGAAAGUAGUGCCCAAUGUCAGGAAUAGGGUGCUAUUUUGACACAUUCUUUACCCAGUUGAACAAAUACUUUAAAAGCAGACUCUAUUUGAGUUUUUUUUAAAUACUCAGAUUGAACAGUGGGUGAAUUGAAGAUGUGAAUGAACACAGUGUAAAAUGUUCCUUUAGAAACACACAUUAGUACUUAGCCACGUAUCUAGAAUGUAUUGAUUGUUGGUGCUGUAGUACUGUAUACAUCAUGCUACACUACACAGAGACGUCCUAUCAGAACUGUCCCCUGCCAGUCUCUGAUGCUAAUCCAUAUCCAGAACGCACAUUACGUUACGAUUUACAAAUGCUACAAUGUCAUCAUUCUGUGAUCCUUCCCCAUUUCAGCUCCGCCUGUGUUUCAGUAACCAAGAAUAUAAUAAACAAAGAACAGACCCAUCACAUCUCUCUCCCCUCCUCCUUCUCCCUCCCUCUUCCUUCCCUUCUCCCUGCCUCCUCCUCCCCUUCUCCCUCCCUCCCUCCUCCUCCCACAUCCCCCCUCCAUCCUCUCUUCCCCUCAUCCUUCCUUCCCUCCCUCCUCCCCUAAUCCCCUCCUCCCCUUCCUCCCCUAAUCCUCCCUCCUCCCCUUCCACCCCUAAUCCACCCUCCGUCCCUCCUCCCGUCCUCCUCUCCUCCCUCCCU